AUGCAGUCUCAUCUGACGAGACGGGUCUUCCGGGCCAUCAUCAACAACGAACCACUGCAUUUCUCGAGAUGCCACCGACAUCAAUUGCUGCACACCAUUUCCCCCGCACGAGUACGACCCUGGGUCCCUGUCCUCCAUGUACCGCGCCGGACUCUCUUCGCCUUCAGUCUCAAUCCGACCACCGAAACGGGAGAAGGGCAGCCGGCGACCUUGUCCUCGGAAAAAGGUCUCCAGCCCAUGACCGAUCUCAAACGAUCCCUCGAGGACAAGAGCAGGGCUCCCCCGAACCAUACACUUACCAAGGCCUUCCAACUUUUCUUUGCUACGAGGGUGGAAAAUCCCGGAAUUAUCAACCUAUUCCAGGCUCGGCUGCUGUCUAUAACGUGGAGGCAUCUUAAGGCGCAACAGGAGGAGUUGGAUGACCGGGAAUAUCAGGAUGUUUUCUCUGUUGAGAAUCUUGAGAGAAUGCUGUUUGUGCUCUCGGAGGCAGAGUGUCUCCCCGAGUCGCGCGCUACUAUCCUGAAGAUCGCUCGCUAUGCCUACGCAGAGCUCUGUGCCGAUCAUGGAUUCGGUCCCAACUCAGUCAGCCGGCCUGCUCUUCUGGUCUACAUCAAUUUGCUGUCGAGCAAUGGCUGCCCAGCAGAGGCUCGAAAUACCAUCAUUAAGUUCGGCGGCCGAUUUCGGGGGGCGAAGCCGUCUCCAUGGUUGACCGUAAUGAAGGGCUUUGCUAUGGAUGAUGACAAACGUCAAUUGCGAAAUAUUGUUCGAGACAUGGAGAAGUACAGUUUGACAUUCGAUCAAGCCUCUCAUGAAGAGCUCAUCAACCUUCUCAUUGAACAGGGUCAAUUCAAAGCUGUCCAGACGGCCUAUGAGUGCCCUAUAACGGGCGACUUCGACCCUGGCAUGGUCAACAAGAAGGUCGUCAUCGUCGAGCCUUCCGUUGCCACCAAGAAAGCCGUCGUCAAAUACGCAAUUCUGAAUUCCGAGAUCGAGUGGGCAGGACCAAUCUUCCAUUCACUUCCUCGGGAACCUCUGUCUGAGAUAGUAGGCAUCACCUUACUUUGGGAGGCGGCACAGGGCAGCAAUGCAUCUUCGCUUGCGGAAAAGGUCAAGUCCUGGAUCGCAUCUGAUCCUCAGGUCAAGGAUGCCCUCACUAUCGCGGAUUUGAACAGCGUUAUCCAGUAUGCCAAUGCUUCGCAGAGACCUGAACUUGCCCCUGGCUUUGUUCGCUUGGCAGAGCAGUGGGGUCUGGUUCCAGACCAACGAACUCAUCUAUUGCAGUUGGAGUCGUACAUCCAAGCCGGUGCUGUUGAGCAGACGCUUGAGAUGCUCGAACAGCGAGUUGAUAUCGGUCUCCUGCCAAGCGAAAACCUGCCCCUUUGCAACAAGCUGAUUGCCAUGCUUUGUCUGUCAAAGCAAAGGAAUGCUCUGUUCCAGCGAAUUUCGUCUCUUCUCGAUCCCCUUUUCCAGGAUAAUGUUCGCCUGGACCCUACAACUGUGGCCGCAUUGACGCGUAUGCUGCUUUAUCGCCAUGACUGGGAGGCUAUUUCUGAGCUGCUUCGUCCCCGCCUGGGUACCUACGACGACGAAGGAAAGGGGGUCGUCCGGAAUGUAAUCACGGACUUUAUCCUCGACUCGAGCCAGAAAGAUGAGGAUGUGUGGGACGUAUACGAGCUUUUCAAGCUCGCAUUCCCCCAGACCGCUGUCAGCGUACGAACCGAGAUAAUGUGCAGUUUCUUCGAGCGCAAGCGCAGUGACCUUGCCGUUUUGGUAUUCGGACACAUGCGCCAGGCGGAAGACCCGAGACGCCGUCCCAAGCCAGAUACCUAUGCUCGGUGCUUCCAAGGAAUUGCCCGAAACAGCGACGCGACCAAUUUGGAGCUGGUGCAUAACAUGCUGAAGCUCGACCUGGAGGUGAACCUUAACACGCGGAUUCAGAACGGGCUGAUGUUGGCCUAUGCCGCCUGCGAAAUGCCCGAGAAGAGCAUGGAGAUCUUUCGCCAGAUCCUCCAGUCCGACGAAGGACCCUCGCAAAAGACCAUUGGAAUCUUCUUCAAGGUCUGCGAGAAGCACCAUAACGGUGCGCAGGAGGCGAUCAAGAUGCUGGAGAAAAUCAAAAAGGUGGGCCUUGAACUCGAUCGCCGGCUCUUCACCGGAUACAUUGAAGCCGUGGCCGCGCAGUGCGAGUUCGACUUGGCCACCACUGGGAUUGACAAGAUGCAAGCCGAGAGCGGGGUUCCCCCCACGAGCACGACAAUUGGACUAUUCUACAAUGCCAUUCCAUAUCAGUAUUGGAAGGAUCAGGUGGAGGAGUGGGCCGUGCAAAAGUACCCCGAGCUGUGGGCGCAUCUGGCCACGAUGGAGCGCAGCGAGCAUGAAGACGGGCUCAAGUUUGAUGGCAUCGACAACGAGAUAUGGGUGUAG